UGCUAUUCGAGAGCAAAUGUAUGUUAUGUCACUCCACGAUUCUAGUUCAUUGCUAAAACUUUUCACUCGCAGCGAAUAGCGACAACCCCGCAAUCCUCAAAACCGUUCCUGAGGCCGGUCUUGAAAUGAAGCUGGAGAUACCGAAUGAGUUUGUAGCUUUCCUUGAGGGGGCAGAGUGGGAGAAACGGGGCAAGGAUACCUCAAUCUGUGUCGACACAAAUCUUGAAUCUGAACUGGGAAGAUUGACAUCGACACUACCAGGCUUGAAGGGCCAUGAUCUACAAGCUUGGAAGACCACAAGAGGCGCAAGGAUACUGAAGACAGCGGCCUAUCUUAUCCCUAUUCACAUUAUCAGGGGAACAGCUCAAGUCGAAAAUGGUCCCGUACUCACUCAAGGUUCGCAGCCAUUCUACUUUGAAGACGAGAUUGUUGUAUCUGGCUCGCUUUACUACGUCCUCGCCUUACCCCCAGAGCCGAAAUCAGACUGAGAUUACCUACUAUCAGGGUUACAGAACAAAGCCACAUAUAUUUCGAUAGUACCUAAU